AUGGACGAUUUACUGGACCUGGGCGAGGAGAGACGUCGCAGCUCGGCCACCUCCGGGGCCAAGAUGGGACGCCGAGCUCAACAGGAGUCCACUCAGCCUGAGAAUUCCUUCAACAGCAAAAAUUCUUCAUUGACUCAGACUGCAGAGCCUCUUCUCCAAUCGGCGGGUGGGCUGAAGGAUGCCUCUGAUAACGUCGCCAAACAGGGAUGCAGGGAAUUCGAUUCGGAGCUGCUCACAAGGAAUGCGUUCUCCACUCUUCAUAGUUAUGUCAUGCUUCGGAUGCCUGGGCUCCGGCUCUCCCUCUGGGUGGGCAGAUCAACCAGGGGUCCUGGUCAUCAUGCUGCCUACUGUGCUGCCCCACCUCUCCUUGCAGAUAUUCCUGUGAUCCCAGAUCUGGAAGAUGUGCAGGAGGAAGACUUUGUGCUGCAGGUGGCAUCCCCUCCGAGCAUCCAGGUAAACCGAGUGAUGACCUACCGUGACCUGGACAAUGACCUCAUGAAGUACUCAGCCUUUCAAACUUUGGAUGGAGAAAUUGACCUGAAACUCCUCACCAAAGUGCUGGCACCAGAGCAUGAAGUGAGAGAGGAUGAUGUAGGCUGGGACUGGGACCAUCUGUACACUGAGGUGUCCUCAGAGCUCCUCACAGAGUGGGACCUGCUGCGGGCAGAGAAGGAGGACCCUGUGGGACCAUCUAGGCACAUCUAACCCAGGAACGUCACUGCAUUUGAACAAAUGCAAGAAGUCUAAAACCAAGAGAGCUUGUGAACAGCGUACAAUUUUUAUACAGAAUAUUUUGUAAUAGAAUAUUUAUUUUCAGUUGGACACAUUGGAGCAUCCCACGUCAAUAAAUGACCUUAUUCUGUGAGCA